AUGUCAAAUCUGAUAGCAAAAUUGGCCGCUGGGACAGUCUUCGGCGCGGCCCUUACAGCAUCUGGGGUCUAUUCGCCAUGGAUUAUCAUCUCGCAGAUGAAACUUGAGGAUUUCCAUAUGCUCCAGGCAUUCUUGACGGCUAGCGCAAUCAGUGCGAUAUUGAUGGUUGCUGCUAGGAAGGUAGGGGUUUCUCAAUGUCCUCCUCCGUCUCGUUCUACUCUUGGAUGGUUCCAUGGGCAUGCCAUGUCCAUAGAUGGUAAUAUUCUCGGUGGCGUUUUACUCGGACUCGGAAUGACGCUAACCGGAGCAUGUCCCGGAACUGUACUCGUCCAAGUAGCAUCCGGAAUUCGGUCUGGCUACUUCGCCAUGGUUGGAGGUGUACUUGGAGGAGCAAUACAUGCUCAAAUGGCUCCAUAUUUGAGCAUACCCACGGUACCAGCGGAGGAGAGAAAGCAGAGUUUAACAGUCUUCCAGCACUUCAACAUAAAAGAAAGCCAAGCGCUCCUCAUCUACGAAGGUCUUUGUGCGGGAAUGGUCCUCCUGGCUGCUGCUUCAACAGUAAGCGCGGAAAAUAUAAUGGUCAAUCCCAUCGUGGGAGGCGUCUUGAUAGGUUGCGGACAAGCUACAUCGCUGGCUCUUACGGGCAAUGCUGUUGGUGUGUCAACCGCAUACGGACAACUCAUCCAAUUGAUCCAAUGGAUGUUGAAGGGCUCGCGAUCAGGUAUACAAGACGAAGUUGAAGAACCCAUGCCAGAGCUAGCGUCCAUUGCAUUUGCAAUUGGUAUCAUGUCAGGAGCCGCGAUAUUAAAGCAAGUAUAUCCAGCUGCGAUACCUGGUGGCGAAAUCUCGAUCCCAGCGUUGCGAGCAAUUCUAGGCGGUGUUUUGAUGGUGUUCGGCGCGAGGCUUGCUGGUGGUUGCACGUCGGGUCACGGAAUCAGUGGCAUGUCUACUCUUUCCAUCUCGAGCUUUAUUACUGUUGCUUCGAUUUUCGCCGGUGGGAUGAUGCUGGCUGCUAUACUCGGCUGA